GAACCCCGCGCUUCCAACUAGCCCAGGCAACCUACCAACCUUUCCAACUCUCUACAGCUUCAACAAAUACACACAUAAACCCUUUCUACAAGACAAAGCACGACCGACACCAUGACAGGCGCAAAGUUCCAAGAAGUCUACAAGAAGGUCAGCGACAUGGGCACCAGGCUGAAGAAGGAGGGAAAGAGCGGUCCUAGUAAUGAUGAGCAGUUGCAGCUCUACGGAUACGCCAAGAUCGCAGAGGGCAAGGACUUCAGCGCGGCGUCUAAGCCUGGAAUGUUCGAUAUGGCUGGCAAGGCCAAGUACAACAAGUGGAAGGAGUUUGUCGAUGCUGGUGUGAGCCAGAAGGACGCCGAGGACAAGUACGUCAAGGUUGGCGAGGAUAUCUUGGCCAAGUACGACGUCUGAGAUAGUCAAUCUACUGGAGGAGGUCAUAGGCAUAUGAUAGGGAUAUAUGUGGAAGUCUCGGCCACAGCCAGGAUAACACUUGGUUGAAAUGAUCAUGAAUGGAAAGCAAUAUUAUCAUUAUAUUCUUGC